AUGGACCCAUCUUGGCUUCAGUACACUGAUCCCACCAAAGCACGAGACCUCACGGUCGAGGCCGCCCAAAGCAUCUCAAAGGCCCUCAAAGGCGGAAGCGCGUCUGCGCGGAACAAUAUCCCCGCCGCAAAGCUCAAGGCGCUGCUCGACAGCAGAAGCGACCGCGAUAUUCUCGAUGGCUUGAGACGGGUUGUUGCGAUGAUUUACCAGAACAAACCCGCGAUCACGUACUUCUCUUCCGUCGUCAAGAAUGUCGCGAACCCCAACCUCGAGGUCAAGAAGCUGGUCUAUGUCUAUCUGCUUCAUUAUGCCGAAUCCGACCCAGACCUGGCUUUGCUGUCCGUCAAUGCCAUCCAGAAGUCUCUCACAGACCAGAAUCCUCAGGUGCGGGCGCUGGCCUUACGCACCAUGUCGGGCAUGAGAGUGCCUGUGAUCAGCCAGAUCGUGUCCCUCGCGAUCAAGCGUGGCGCCGGGGACAUGAGUCCAGUGGUCCGAAAGGCCGCUGCUCUGGCCAUACCAAAGUGCUACAACCUCGAUCCGAACUCGCUGCCACAACUGCUCGACUAUAUUUCGAUUCUGCUUGGAGACAAGCAAUACUACGUCGUCGGUCCGGCCGUGCAAGCCUUUCUGGAAAUCUGUCCCGACCGAACGGACUUGAUCCAUCCGCACUAUCGAAGCCUAGUCAAGAAACUUGUGGACAUGGACGAAUGGAGCCAACUGGGGACGCUGAAACUACUCCUUUUCUACAGCCGACGGUGUUUCCCACGGAGAACUCAGCGGGUCACCAAAGUCAACAAGAAGGGCUUCUAUGAUGACGAGGCGGACAAGACGGCGGAGACGGAGGAGACGAUCCAGGUGUUAGAUCCGGACUUGGAACUGUUCCUCAAGGCGUGUCGACCGCUACUGCAGAGCCGGAGCUCAGCCGUCAUCAUCGCCGUGACGGGUUGUUUCUUGUACUUGGGCACGCCCGAGUAUCUCCGGGAGGCCGUUGGACCGCUGACGGGACUGAUGCGCGGCCCACCUGAAGUGCAAGAAGUGGCUCUCUGCAACAUCGUGCUGGUGGCUCUGGCGGCACCGGAGCUCUUUGUCCUCUAUGCCUCGCAUUUCCUCCUUCGAGCAAACGAUUCGCCGCAGAUCUGGAGACUGAAGAUCGAGCUUCUAACCCUCAUCUUCCCGCACGCGGCGUUGCACCUCAAGUCCAUUAUCCUAAGCGAGCUAGAGCACUUCUCGCACUCGUCCGACAUUGAGUUGAUCCGCGAGUCGGUCCGGGCCAUCGGCCGAUGCGCGCAGUCCGAUCCGAAAAACGCCCACCGGUGCUUCAAAGUUCUGUUGAAUCAGAUCUCGAGCUUCGACAAUGUGCUGGUCUCGGAAGUUCUCACCGUGAUGCGGCACCUCAUCCAGCAGGACCCGGCUUCGCAUCGGAAGACCGUCGUCCGCCUGGCUAGGAACCUCGACAGGACGACCAGUCCCGAAGCCCGCGCCACAAUCAUCUGGCUGGUAGGCGAGUUCGCGAGCCUCGACCCCGACAACAACAUCGCGCCAGACGUGUUGCGCAUCUUGGUCAAAGGGUUCGCGGACGAGAACGAAACAGCGAAGCAGCAGAUCGUCUUGCUGGCCGCCAAAGUCUACCUGCUGUACUUGCAGCAGAAGAAGGACGGUAUCCCACCGUCGCCGCCGGACUCAAACACGAAGGAUGACAUGGGCGAAGAAACUCGUGAAGCCCUGGAUACUCCAGUAGCUGACGCUGACCGGCACCCAAUCCCCAACUUGUGGAACUACAUCCAGGUGCUCUCCCGGUACGACACGUCUUACGACCUGCGCGAUCGGGCGCGCCUGUUCAAGGCCCUGCUCGCGAACCCGUCGUCCGUCCAGCUGGCGACGUUGCUCCUUCUGGCUCCGAAGCCCGUGCCGCACUCGCCGUCCCCGUCGGAGAGCCGCAAAGGUUUGACACUGGGCAGCACCACCCUCGUCCUGGGCAAAGACGUCGCCGGCCUGCUCGGACUGCCGGGCUACGAGGAAUUACCCGCCUGGGUCGCCGAGGGGUUGGAGCCGGAUCCGAAACUCCGAGACGCCGGUGACGGGGCCGACAAGGACGAGUACGUGCCCGUCGGCGCGAGGAAUACCGGCUCGGUCGCCGCGAGCAGGCGCCUCGAGGAGGCUGUCAAGGAGCAGGGGCUCGAGAAGGUGGUCGCGGCUGGAACGGCCAAGGCGAACACCAAGCCGAGGACUCUGGAUGAUUGGUUGGCCGAGAGUGAAGAGGAAGGAGAGAGCGAGGAGGAGACCGAGAGCGAAGAAACGGAUGAAGAGGAGGACGAUGAAGAGGAGGACGACGAGGAAGACGACGACGACGGAGAAUCAGAAGAAGAGAGUGAAGGGGAUGACGACAAGGGCGUGAGAAGGGGGUUGAUCAGCUAA